AUGACCAGAGGGUUCGAAGAGAAAUUAGGCGAGGGAGGUUAUGGAAAAGUAUAUAAAGGAAAGCUUCGCAGUGGCAGGGAUGUAGCAGUGAAAAUGUUGAGCAAGCCUAAAGCUGGUGGUGGUCAAGAUUUCAUGAAUGAAGUAGCUACCAUUGGAAGGAUUCAUCAUGUGAAUGUAGUUGGACUCGUCGGGUAUUGUGUUCAGACAACAGAGCGCGCUCUUGUUUACGAUUUCAUGCCCAAUGGAUCACUUGAUAAGUACAUCACCAAUCAAGAAGGGAGUCCUCCUCACAACAUUCUUUUGGAUGAGAAUUUCAUCCCAAAGAUUUCUGACUUUGGACUUGCUAAACAAUAUCCAACGGAUAAUAGCAUUGUGACUCUUACAGCAGAAGCAUUGGAGCAAUCUCUUAUAAAGCUGAUGUUUACAGCUUCGGGAUGCUUCUAA